CUCAAUCAAUCUUGUUUGAGAAUGAAUACCUUCUUCCCCGCGGAAUUUUCAGUCAUCGCCCCCAUUUAGGAAUCCGACUUUCCAAAACCCUAAUUCCAUACACUUAAAACCUCUCCAAAGAAAUCGAAAACAUCUCUCAUUAUAUGUCUCUUUCAAGAGGGAGUCGCAAUCGCGGUGGAGAAGACCGUUUCUACUGUCCACCGGCGAUGCGUAGGCACCAACAGCCGCAACAACAACAACAACAAAGGAUGCAGUCUAAUAGUAUCAAGUCACCCAAGUCUAACUCCAACGCAUCGUUGACGUUGACGGAUGCAGAGAAGAGAAUCAAAUCUGAUGAUGGCUCUUCAGCGACGACGAUGACGACGAUAACCGCCCCUUUGUCCCCUUCUUCUUCUUCUUUGAUAUCUACGCCGAGAACGAUCGAUUUGACUAAUUUGGAUCGGUUUCUUGAGCACACAACUCCAUCUGUUCCUGCUCAAUACAUCUCCAAGACAGCAUCUAGAGGAGGGUGGAGAUGGCGAGAACAGAAAUCAAAUCCUUAUUUCAUUCUUGGUGAUCUUUGGGAAUCCUUUAAGGAGUGGAGUGCUUAUGGUGCAGGCGUUCCUCUUGUUCUAUCUUAUAGUGAUUCUGCUGUGCAAUACUACGUUCCUUUCCUAUCUGCCAUUCAAUUGUAUAUAGACCCAUCAAAACAAGAAUUAAAUCCCAGGAGAAGACCUGGCGAGGAGAGUGAUGCAGACUCGUCAAGAGAAACCAGUAGUGAUGGUAGCAGCGAAUAUAUGCAGGGCGGUUAUAACCAGAUUACGAGAGUUAAUGGUGGUGGAUCACCGGGUAAUGAAGGCGACACAACUAGUCCUCCUGGUUUACUUAUUUUUGAGUAUUUAGAACAUGAUUUGCCUUAUGGACGAGAACCCUUGGCAGAUAAGAUUGAAAUCCUGGCAUCUAGGUUUCCAAAACUGACUACCUUACGAAGCUGUGAUCUAACUCCCGCAAGUUGGGUUUCUGUCGCCUGGUAUCCCAUAUACAGAAUACCAGUUGGUUCAUCAUUACAGAACCUGGAGGCUUGUUUCUUAACAUUUCAUUCUCUGUCCACUACACCCUUGAGAAGUAUGAUGAACACGAGAGAAUUGGAUAGUCCUAUACCGUCAUCAAAGAUGUUACUGCCAACAUUUGGGCUGGCUUCUUAUAAGUUGAAGGUGUCUGUUUGGAAUAAUUUGAAUGGAGUUGUUGAAGAAAACCAAAAGGUCGGUUCUCUACAGAUGGCUGCUGAGAAUUGGCUGCGUCGUUUGCGAGUCAACCACCCCGAUUAUAGCUUCUUUAUUUCUCAUAGUUCGUAUAUCAGAUGAUUUUACUUUUUUUCUUACUGAAUCAACUCUGUCCAGACAUUCAAAACUGGUGUCGAGUUGAAUUAAUUUUUUCAAAUAUUACUAGUGUAAAAAUGGAUAUAUGAUAGGAAAGUUGACAGACAGAUUGACCAGGAUAUAGUUCGAUUUUUAGGUUAUCCAUUACUAUUUUUCUGUUUCUAUAAGUCAUUGUUUAUUUAGGAACAAUUUGUGCAUUGUGAAUUGUGAUGAUAAAAUGUUGAUAUUUCUUUGA